ACAGGGAGGAGCUGGGAGUCCAGGCUGGCCCGUUCGCCCCCAGCUGCUGCGGGGCUGGCGCAGGGGCCGCUCCCGUUGCCUCCUCGCCGCUUCCCGUCCGUCUGAGGGCCCGGUUAGGGUAUCCCGGAGCCUCAGCCCGUCCUCCCUCCGCCCCAUCCCCAUGGGUACACACUCUCGGUUUGGUUCUCGACCCACUGCAGGAGAAGCCCCAGCCAAGCCCCUACACUUCAAUGUGUUCGAGACUUAUUUCCUCGUCUAACUCAACAUGCCAUUUUCUUGCUGUAUCCAGCACCUAAAGUAUUCAAACAGGGGAAAGAACCUAGAGGUUGGAAUCAACAGUAGCCUCAGGGCUGGAUUAGUGUGGAGAGUGGGAUUAUGAAACCAGAUUUAUGCAAAAACUUAAUUCUUAGAAUGGUUCUCAAGCCUAUCAAAUCAGAAUAACAUUAAACCACUUAAUGGUGAUAAUUUUUCCACUUCCCAAGCCCAGACUGUGGUUUGGGAGAGCAGGUGUGAGGCUGCUCUCUCCAGGUAUCUGACACCUAUGUUUAUCUGUUUCACUAUUGCUUCUGAAGCAGCCAAGAUACAGUGAAGGAGCAUUUGACAAUGGAGAGUGUCCCACAGAGGAAAUUAAACUGUUAAAAGUUUCUCUUCCCAGUUCCUUAGGCCUUGGUCUGUCCCUGCCCCAUCUGGCUCUGCCAGCUCCGAGGGCCAGUGGGACCAGAGAGGAGCAGCCUGCAAUCCUCCUCCUUAGUUCUUGGGAAUUACACAAAACUUGAGUGGCUUAGACUGUCUUUGAUGCAGAGUCCACAUCAGUGCAGAUAUUUAUGGUACUUAGUGGUGUUUAAAACUGGGCAACACAGUGCUGGAUGCCUGUAGGAGCAGGAUCAGCACAAUGGGUUUUGGAUAGUGUCACUGACAGCCUUUGCAUCUCUCCAGCACAUUCCUGCCUGUGGGGAGAAAUGCUCAACAGCAUUGGAGAGGUGGCACUUUCACCCUCCAAUCCACUUUGGAAAUCUAUAAAUGUUGGAGUUAGAAAAUAAACUUCCCCUUUUUCUGCCUUGAGAGCAGCAGCAUGUCCACGCCGUGUUGUCCUAUAGCAACACCCUGGAUUUGGGGUGACCCUGCAGACCAUGUGGGGCCACAGGGCUUGGGACAGCCCCAAAGGCUGUAAGGCUGUGGGGGCCUCGGAGCCCCUGGCUGGGCCAGUCCCUCAGUGGGCCUAGCUGGUGCAUAGGACACAGGGCACUCUUCCAGCACACUUUGCAUGGUUUAGUACCCAAAAAUGCCCUCUGGGUGCUCCCCUGAGCAGCAAGAGUCACCUUGUUUUUCCAGUUCUCCCAGGAAGUGAGUGCAGGGCGCAGCACAACACACAGCCCAGCCCUGCAUUGGGCUGCACCUCAUGCUUGGAUUUGAUAUUCUGAAAGCCAAGGGUUCUCUUCCUCCUGUAGCCAGGAUGCUGCAUCGCACCAUUCACCUUUUCCGGAAGGAGCUCCGGCUCCACGACAACCCAGUGCUGCUGGCUGCCCUGGAGUCCUCAGAGGCCCUGUACCCCGUGUACAUCCUGGACAGAGCAUUCCUGACUUCCUCCAUGCACAUCGGGGCCCUGCGCUGGAAUUUCCUGCUCCAGUCCCUUGAGGAUCUCCACAAAAACUUGGGCCAGCUGGGCUCCUGCUUGCUGGUUAUUCAAGGGGAGUAUGAGAUUGUUCUUAGGGAUCACAUCCAGAAGUGGAAUAUCACACAAGUGACGCUGGAUGCAGAGAUGGAGCCGUUUUACAAGGAGAUGGAGGCCAACAUCCAGCGCCUAGGGGUAGAGCUAGGCUUUGAGGUGUUCUCCCUGGUGAGCCACAGCCUGUACAAUACCCAGCGGAUUUUGGACCUAAAUGGUGGGAGUCCCCCAUUAACUUACAAGAGGUUCCUUCACAUUCUGUCUCUGCUUGGUGACCCUGAGGUGCCUGUCCGAAAUGUCACAGCUGAAGACUUCCAGAGAUGUAGGGCCCCUGACCCGGGCCUGGCUGAGUGUUACAGGGUACCUCUCCCUGUGGAUUUGAAGAUUUCCCCAGAAAGCCUUUCCCCUUGGAGAGGAGGGGAGACUGAAGGGCUGCAGCGCCUGGAACGACAUUUGACUGACCAGGGCUGGGUGACAAGUUUUACUAAACCAAGGACAGUCCCAAACUCGCUGCUUCCAAGCACCACAGGCCUGAGCCCAUAUUUCAGUAUGGGCUGUCUGUCAGUUCGGACAUUUUUUUAUAGGUUGUCAAACAUUUAUGCUCAGGCAAAGCACCACUCUCUGCCCCCAGUGUCGCUCCAAGGGCAGCUGUUGUGGAGGGAAUUCUUCUAUACAGUAGCAUCAGCAACCCCCAACUUCACCCAGAUGGCUGGGAACCCCAUCUGCCUCCAGAUCUGCUGGUACAAGGAUGCAGAGAGGCUCCACAAAUGGAAAACGGCACAAACAGGGUUCCCAUGGAUCGAUGCCAUUAUGACCCAGCUGCGCCAGGAAGGCUGGAUCCAUCACCUAGCUCGGCAUGCUGUCGCCUGCUUCCUGACACGGGGGGACCUUUGGAUCAGCUGGGAAGAGGGAAUGAAGGUUUUUGAAGAGCUGCUUUUAGAUGCUGACUACAGCAUCAACGCUGGGAACUGGAUGUGGCUGUCAGCCAGUGCCUUCUUCCAUCAGUACACACGGAUCUUCUGCCCCGUCCGCUUCGGGAAGCGCACAGACCCCCAGGGCAACUACAUCAGGAAAUACUUGCCCAUACUAAAGAACUUUCCCUCCAAGUACAUCUACGAGCCCUGGACGGCAUCUGAAGAGGAGCAGAAGCAAGCAGGAUGUAUCAUAGGUCAGGAUUACCCCUUCCCCAUGGUGAACCACAAGGAAGCCAGUGACCACAACCUGCAGUUGAUGAAACAGGUCAGAGAGGAGCAGCACAGAACAGUCCAGCUCACAAGAGAUGAUGCAGAUGACCCCAUGGAAAUAAAGGUAAAACGUGACCAUUCAGAAGAAAACAUUACAAAAGGAAAAGUGGCCCGAAUGACAGAAUAAACCAAAAUUCCCUCAGGCGUGCUAGAAGAGGCAAGAGAGGAGAGCCAGGGGCCAGCUGAGCUGGCCAAACCACUGUCCUCCAUACUUUGCCUUGCUGAUGGUGCCUCUUGCUUGUGAACUGACCUCAGGAGACGUGUUGGAUCUUGAGUUUUGGUGCAGUUAUUUUGGAUGGAAUUGUUAUAUCUUUGAGUGGCUUCUGGACCAUUUGUUGAAGCUGUUGGAUGAAUGCAAGAGGUGCGUGGUUGUGGCAAGUCCUGCUGCUGUAGCAUCCUUCAAAUCCAUGUUUUCCAUGCACAUGAAUAAAUAGAUUUUGUGAAAAAUAUCUUAAUGUCAGUAGACCAUGUGCACAUUAAAGCAGUUGCACAUUAGUAUUAUGCCUUGUAGAGACAGACUUAGGGAUGUUCAGUUUAUUUAUUCUAAGUUCCCAGUUUAUGAUUGUAGUCCCCAGUUUGGGAAGACAGAGCAGAGUGCAGCCCCUCGUACCUUGUGUGUAGUUUUUAAGUCAUAAGUAGGAAUUAUUACGCAUUUUAAGGGCAAGGUUGAAAAUAUCUCACUAAAUUAGGGCUAAUAUAUAACUUUGUCACCAUAAUUGUCUUCCUUGACUAACCACAACUGCAGGGCAGAGAUUAAUUCUAUCAUGUACCACAUAGAAAGAUUUCUCCUUCCACUGAAAUGUAUUGUGAAGUUUGACAAGGCUGGAUUAGUCAAUUAUGAUUGGGGAUUUGGGGGUGGGGAAAUGCAGUGGGGUUUUCAUGGCUGCAGGUAUUCUGGGAUUGGAAAGAAAUAAAACUUAUUUC